CGGAAAGAACAAGUCACCACAAGAUCACGUGGGAGCCGCUUUUCAGGCUUAAAAGCGAGGUUCUCCCCGUUAGCAGCCAGUUGUCAAACUGCGAGCAAGAGCUUCGGGAGUCUCAGAAAUCUGCCCACGAAGGAACUCGGCACUGCAUCCCGCCAGCUCCGCUGCUACCGCCGCCACCGCCGCGACCUCCACGAUGCUCCUCCGAAUUGUGCUGCUCUUGGCUGCCCUGGCGCUCAGCCACGCAGCAAAUCCUUGCUGCUCCAACCCCUGUCAAAACCGCGGUGAAUGUAUGAGCGUAGGAUUUGACCAGUAUAAAUGUGAUUGCACUCGGACAGGAUUCUACGGGGAAAACUGCACUAUACCUGAGUUUCUGACAAGAAUCAAGUUGCUGCUGAAGCCCACCCCAAACACAGUCCACUACAUCCUAACCCACUUCAAGGGAGUCUGGAACAUCGUGAAUAACAUUCCCUUUCUGCGAAGUUCAAUCAUGAGAUAUGUGUUGACAUCCAGAUCACAUUUGAUUGACAGUCCGCCAACUUACAACAUGCACUAUGGUUACAAAAACUGGGAAGCCUUCUCCAACCUCUCCUACUACACCAGAGCACUUCCUCCUGUAGCCGACGACUGCCCGACUCCCAUGGGUGUGAAAGGGAAUAAGGAGCUUCCUGACUCAAAAGAAGUUCUGGACAAAGUUCUUCUAAGGAGAAAGUUCAUCCCUGAUCCUCAAGGCUCGAAUAUGAUGUUCGCAUUCUUUGCCCAGCACUUCACUCAUCAGUUUUUCAAGACAGAUCAGAAGCGAGGACCUGGGUUCACCCGAGGACUGGGCCAUGGGGUGGACUUAAAUCACAUUUAUGGCGAAACUCUAGACAGACAACAUAAACUGCGCCUUUUCAAGGAUGGAAAACUGAAAUAUCAGGUCAUUGGUGGAGAGGUGUAUCCUCCCACGGUCAAAGACACCCAGGUAGAGAUGAUCUACCCCCCUCACACCCCUGAGCAUCUACAGUUUGCAGUGGGGCAGGAGGUCUUUGGUCUAGUGCCUGGUCUGAUGAUGUAUGCCACCAUCUGGUUGCGGGAGCACAACAGAGUGUGUGAUGUGCUCAAACAGGAGCAUCCUGAGUGGGACGAUGAACGGCUCUUCCAGACGAGCAGGCUCAUACUGAUAGGGGAGACUAUCAAGAUUGUGAUCGAAGACUAUGUGCAGCACCUGAGUGGAUACCACUUCAAACUCAAGUUCGACCCAGAGCUGCUAUUCAACCAGCAGUUCCAGUAUCAGAACCGCAUCGCAGCCGAAUUCAACACACUCUAUCACUGGCACCCCCUGCUGCCUGACAGCUUCCACAUCGAAGACCAGGAGUACAACUACAAGCAGUUCCUCUACAAUAACUCCAUCCUCAUCGAGCACGGACUCACCCACUUUGUUGAGUCAUUCACCAGACAGAUCGCUGGCCGGGUGGCCGGGGGUAGGAAUGUUCCAGUUGCAGUAAAAGCAGUGGCAAAGGCCUCCAUUGACCAGAGCAGAGAGAUGAAGUACCAGUCCCUCAAUGAGUACCGCAAACGCUUCUCCCUGAAACCUUACACAUCAUUUGAAGAACUUACAGGAGAGAAGGAAAUGGCUGCAGAGUUGGAAGCCCUCUACAGUGACAUCGAUGCCAUGGAGCUGUAUCCUGCCCUGCUGGUGGAAAAGCCACGUCCAGAUGCUAUCUUUGGGGAGACCAUGGUAGAACUUGGAGCACCAUUCUCCUUGAAAGGACUUAUGGGUAAUCCCAUCUGUUCUCCGCAGUACUGGAAGCCAAGCACUUUUGGAGGAGAAGUGGGUUUUAAGAUUAUCAACACUGCCUCCAUUCAGUCUCUCAUCUGUAAUAAUGUGAAGGGUUGUCCCUUCACCUCCUUCAAUGUGCAAGAUCUACAACCUUCCAAGACAGCCACCAUCAAUGCAAGCGCCUCUCAUUCCAGACUAGAUGACCUCAACCCCACAGUGCUAAUCAAAGGGCGCUCAACUGAGCUGUAGACGUCUACUGGUCAUAUUUAUUUAUUUAUAUGAACAAUUUAAUUUAAUUAUUUAAUAUUUAUACUGAAUGCCCUUUUCACUUAACAUCUUCUAUAACAGAAGGCAAUGUCGUGAACAAUGUUACAUUUGUGACGAUUUCUGUGUUUGUACUUUAAAUACGUGUUGCCCUCAAGUGAAAGAGAGAAACAGUUUUCAUUCUUUUACAUAAACCAGUAGAAAGUGAAUUUUGAUAUCUUUUUACUUGAAUUUCAGCUCGUAGUCUAUCUUGAUAAGAACAGAGGAAAGAUGUUUGAAUACUUAGAUGCUGUUACAAGAUGAAAAAAUGCUGCAAAUAUCUACACUGUUGUUUAGGACUGUAUCUUCCUUGCUACAUGAGAAGCAGCUAAUGUGGAAUUUUAAAGAAAUCUUGCGUAUCUUUAUCUCAGAAAGCAAAAGGGUACAAAUUCAGUUUUCAAUGAACCUUUAAGACAGAUCCUGCCAGUGCGUUCAAUUUUAAAAACAGCCUUAAAGCAAAUCUUUUGCAAUUUCUAAAUUGAGAGUUUGGAUCACUCUUGAAUAUCCUUACUUUCUUAAGCUGUUAAACUUAGACCCACACCAGAAAACAGCUAUCAUAAACACAAGUCUCUCAAGCUAGUAGAAAUUACAUUGUGAUUGAUGGUGAAAAUGCUAUGGCAGGGAUUUUUCUUUUCUCAGCAACUUACUGCAGUGGUAAGACGUUCCUCGUGAGUCAAGAUGCCAGUGUAGGAAGGUGCUGGGGCUCCUGCUGCCCUGUCUUAAAAGCAUGUUCUUUAAAGAGUUGGUUUAUAAGAAUAGUAGCAAGCAAAAUCUUUAGCAAUAAAAGACAACCAAGAACAGAAAAGGAUUCCAAAUUAAAGAUCACAUUUGGGGUUACAAUUCUGAAGGAUAUUUUUUGAUCCUUUUGUGAUGCUGGCCUGGUCCUAACAGAUUUUUGCUGUGUGACUUACUUAGCUGGGCUUACACAGUUUUUCUCCUGCACAGUAUGAUGUAACAGUCACUCUCACAGUGCAAAACAUCAGUGGCCAUGUGAGUUUCUUCAAAACAUUGAAAUCUGUUCCUUUUCAUGCUACCCGAAGUGCAGUAGGCUCGUACACUGUGUGAGUCCAGCCUGGAUGCCAGCAUCCUACUCCUCUUAUUUCUUUUUCUUAUGGCCAGUUUUUUGUUUGUUUGUUUGUUCGUUGUUUAUGAGAAACUGCUGAUAGGUUUUUCUUUGUAGUUUUCCAAGCUUUGUUUUUUUUUUGUUGCUAUUUUCCGGGUUUUUGAUAUCAGGUCUAUUCUCUCUAUAGCUUCUAUUAAUAUUUUCUCUACUUGAAGUUUUACAUUCAGGAAAACCUCAGCUCAGGACUGCUAGGUAGCUCCCCUUUGGAGGAAUAAAUCUAUUUUAGGCAAAAGGCAGACACUUUUACUUAUAAUUAUUUUUACUGAAGGAUCCAACCAAGAUGCCAGUACCUUAUAUGGAAAUGCAGGGGGUCCGUGGCAAGACAGUUACAUUCUUGUUGUGAAGAAUGGCUUUCUUACUUGCAAAUAAGUCAGUUAGUGAGUAGUUCUGGGCAAUAGUAAUAAAUAUAAAGCAAUAAUGAUGAUCAUCCUACAUCUCAUUAUCAGCUGAGGUACUGUAUAUUACUUAAUUUAUUGAGGAUAAUUAUGUCUUUUAGACAUUAUUGUUAUAAACUAUGUUUAAGCCUACACGAGUUUGUUUUUGCAUUGUGUCAGAAUCAAUGUACCUUGUUCUUAUGAUUACCUCUCUGAAUUCCUGUGUAAACAAUCAAGCAAAAUGAUGAGAUUAAUGUUCGUGGGUAAAUUUUAAGAAGACUAGUCUGGUAUAUUGAGAAGUCUAAAGUUUGAAUUUACCUCUAUAGCAGACUGCAGAGAACAUUGUGUCACCUAUGUGUGUUAUAAAGACUGUCAUUUUAGACACUGGGAAGGCCCUGUAGGUGCUUUACUAAUUAGUUAAAACCUACCUUACUAAGAAACUAUCUUCAAAGCACUAUAGGCAUUAGUAUUCACAAAUCAAGAAUUGAUUACACAUAAUAUUUAUGUAAAUAACUAAAAAAUGUGUCUUACUAAGAGAAAGGAGAAAUUUCUUUUAUUACAAAGAUAUCACAAAAUGUUUUAAAGAUUAUAUGCUUAAAACGUUUAAGACGAAAAGAUAAUCGACUUUAGAAAAAAUGUAUAAAAACUGUUAAUGUCAUUGAUUCUGUUUUUAAGCAAGUCAACGUGAUUGUUGUGAGUGUGAACCUGAUGACUGAACCUGGAAAUCCAGGUUAAGAGUGUGACUGUCACAGUGCCUGAAAGAAGCGUGUGUUUAAAUUAACUUAUGUGAAA